CAGGACAGUGAGGAGGACAAGGGGAUGUCACGUGACGAGCGAGGGGCGCUUUGGGCGUGGCCCCCUGCGCGUCCGUGGCAACCGGCGGUAGGCGGGGCUGCCAGUGUUCUCCAGCAGCCGGUGAGUGCGCGCGCAAGGUGGUCGGUGAGUGGUCGCUCGAGGGAAGAUGGACGAUUUUCAGACGGCGGAAGAGUCAUCAUUUGUGGUAGAUGAAGUAAGCAACAUCAUCAAAGAGUCCAUAGAAAGUGCUAUUGGUGGUAAUGCUUAUCAGCACAACAAAGUCAAUCAGUGGACUACAAAUGUUGUGGAGCAAACACUGAGCCAACUGACAAAACUUGGCAAGCCAUUCAAGUACAUCGUUACCUGUGUAAUCAUGCAGAAGAAUGGUGCAGGACUUCACACAGCAAGCUCUUGUUUCUGGGACAACUCCACCGAUGGAAGCUGCACCGUAAGAUGGGAGAACAAGACUAUGUACUGUAUAGUCAGUGCCUUUGGACUUGCAAUAUAGGUUUUUUUUUUUUCUUUGCUGUUGAGAAUGUUACUGUUCUGUCAUUAUACUUUAUCAUUCUUUUGUACACACCUUCCAGCACCUCAAGUUUAAUAUUUGUCUUUGUCAUUUUAACUCAUGAAAAUCUCUUGCACUACAUUAUUAGUAGUAACACAGUCUUCUUUCUUUUCAAGGCUUUGAGCCUAUGUAUCAAUUCAAGGUGCUGUAACCUGCAAGUGCCACUAUAAAUCUUUCUUCAGUUAACACAUUUGAUAAACUGAUAUCUUUUCAUACUUUAACAGGAACUAAAUAAAUUAUUGUUGGAAACA